AUGGACCUUCCAGAUUGCCCUCCAGGGGCAGAAGGGUAUGAGGACACGGUCACUGAAGUACCUAGGAAACCAGAAUUAGAGGACUCGUCUUGUACUAAGGCGGAGUUGGAGUUUCAAGAGCAUCUGAACAGUUUGAAGAUCAACCUUGAAGAUGGCAGCACACGGUGCAUGGUGGAGCGGCGCGAGCGCGACAUAUCGGGCAAGUGGAUGUACCUGUGCUACCCGUGCACUGCUGUCUGUAGCGGGGAGACCAUCCUACAGACUCAUCUAUCGGGGAAGAAACACAAGGCUAAGCUGACAAUGCGAAACGUUUGGCCACUGAACAUCUUUGUGGACCCUCCAUCCAAUAACAGUUCUAGCAAGCCGAGCCAAUCGGAGAAAGCUAUGCAGAAGUUGGCGGUGGAGUCAGAUAUCCAUAACAAGUAUAACAAAUACAGGAACAUUACUUGCCACAUUCAAGAUUCUCUCGACGCCGUUAAGGCUCCGCUGCUGGGCCUAGAGUACCUGAUCGAGCACCCACCGGAGCAGGCUCACUACGAGCCCUCGUACAUCUGUACGCUCUGCUCCAAGUACGGACAUCCGCGGACUAUCAUCAACCACAUGACCUGCUUCUGGCAUCGCCACAAUUACCUCGUACGUCACUACACGAAAGCGAGUGCUCUGUUGGCCCCGUACCGCAUCCAGCCUCGGUACCGCGUGGGAGUCCAACUGAUUAUGAACCGACUAGCGCAGCUUAUCGAGGACAAGUACGGCAGGAUGAGACCCGUCAACAUCGAGAAAGAAGAAUAUGAAAAGAACAAGGAACAGAUCCAUCAGUGGGUGUUUCAAGGACAUCAUUUCUCUGAGAAGGAUGGCCCGGCGUUCACAGAAGUAGUUGACAUCGGACUGUUGGACACACUGCACAAAUCUGGCGAUGAAAAGAAAAGCUCAAAGCCAUCCAAAAGUUCGAAAGAGCCAUCUCCACCCAUAGUAGCGGCGCCGUCAAAGCCAUUAUUCAAUAAUUUCUCGCGGCCGCCGGGUCGGCAGGAGCGGCGCGCGGGCUCCGUCAACUCGCUCUCCGACAUCAGCGACGAGGCAGACUACGACGCGCGACGACACGCCUCCAAACCUGGUCCAUCUUCCAAGGAGAGGCACGCCAAUCUCAGUAAGUCGCGCUACGAGCCCUACCCAGACAGGCGCAAUCUCUCGCCGGGACGCAGGACUGCCACGCGGACGCAAGAGGGCUUGCCUCCGGAGAAGAAAUCACGUCCUCCAAACUACGAGUACAAGGUGAAACUAGCUGAAGAGAAGCGGCUCAUGAUGGAGGAUUCAGCGAACAAGACGUUAGCCUACCAUGAGAAGAACCCGGAGAAACACCCGCUGUACCCUGAGGAGUGGAAGAAGUUCUGGAACAGGCGCUACAAGGAGAUACAGGCUGAGGGCAAGGACCCAUCGAAGCACGACUUCAAGCCGGAGUGGAUAGUGUUCUGGACAGCGCGCAUGAAGGAGCUGCACGAGGAAGAACUGCGCGUGCGAGUCAACGAGAUCUACCGCCGCAUGUGUCUGUCUCCACCAGAUAUGAACAAGAGAUCCCCCGACAGGUUACACAAGAAGUCUCCGUCUCCGCAUCGCAAAUCUCCCGAGCCUCGGCGUCGCUCUCCGGAACCCCGGCGGCGCUCUCCGGAGCGCCACCGAGUGGACAGGCCGGAGCGACACGACCGACACGACUACGACCGCCGCGGCCGCGAGCCUCUGCCACGACGACGCACCCCUGAACACCGCCGAACACGACGAUCCCCAUUGCCCGUACGCCGGUCGCCGGGUCGGCGUCGGUCACCGGAACGUCGCCGCUCACCACUGCCGUAUCACAAACGUACUCGCUCUAGAAGCCCUUUCCCAAGACGCGGGCGCAGCCGCAGCAGCCGCAGCCCGCUGUCGCAGCGCGAGCCGCAGCGCAACCGCAGCCCCGACACGCGCCACGCGCUCGCCGCGCAGCCGCCGCCCUCCAUGCAGACUGUGCUCAUCUCCGAUGACGAUCUCAAACCUGACGAUAUCUCACCAUGGAACUCUGACAACGACAUCGAGUCCGUGGCGUCGGUGUCGGAGCUGCGCCCGGGUCAGUCUCGCGCGGGCAGCUCGUCCCGCGGGUCCAGGCCUCCGCCCCCGCGGCGGCGUCUGUCCAGCUCCGCCAGUAGGACUGCACCCCCCGCCACCGACGGAGACAACGUCGUGGCCACACUACGCCAACUCGUCGCACUCGAAGAUUAUCUCGGUAGCCUGGGACCUCGUAUCGUGGACUUAUUAGCCGAGGCCCUCAAGAUGGAAAAGGAAAAAGCGAACUCUUCGGAGGCGUUGUUGGACAGCGAGAAGGCAGUCGUGUUGAUAGAGACUGCCAAGGAGAAGCUGAAGGGCGCCGUGCAGGCCGGCCUCGUCGCGCCCGCCGCCGCCGCCGCGCUCCGCGCCGCCAUCGUCCGCGCCGCCGCCACGCUGCACGAGGCGGACAAACGGGCCAAGCGAAAGCAGGAAGCACAGAAACCUGUUGAACCGAGCAAACCUGCAGCAGUUCCAGUAGCUGGCGUGGGUGAAGUAGAUCGCGCUCAGAUCGCACAACAGAUGGCUGAAGCUUUGAUAGCUCAGGGCAAAACAGACGUGUCUUCGGAAGACCUUGCCGCACUUGUGGACGCCGUCGUUGGUAUGGCGGAGGCGAAGAAACGAGCUGCCGAAGACGCCAAGAAAGCUACCGCACUAUCGAUCAUGCAACCAACACUUCAGUCAGCGAAGACAUUGACCCCGAAACCCAGUGGAACUGCGUCAGCAUUGCAGUUACUGCAGUCCGCGUAUGAUGAUAACGAAAAGAUGAUGGACCAAAGCAUAUCACAUACACCUGACGCUAUGGAUGGACUGUCAGACUCCGACCUUGAAACGUUACUGAAGAACUUCAACGAGUUGUCGGCGGAGGAGCAGCACAGCCUGAUAGCGUAUCUCAAGAAGAUGGAGACCAAGGAGCCUCAGCGCGUCGAGCGCCUGCGUCAGUACGUGAGUGAUGCGGCCGCCGCCGCGCCCAAGGCCGCGGUCACAGAGCCGCCCGCGCCACAACCCGAGCCGCCUGCGGUGAUAGUCGAGAGCGACGACGAUGACUAUACUGUCGAGGAGGUAUUCCAAUCGGCUACUCAGAAAGUAAAGGAAGAUCAAAUACGACAGGAAAUGGAGAUUGUAAAGAAAUCAUUAGAAGAAACAAAACCAGAGUCUCCAGCUGUAGAGGAACCGGUGAAACUUGAGACUACUCUCGCGGAUCUUACCAAGAGCUUGUCCUCGGCGUCUGACCUAUUCGCAUUGGUACAAGCAAGCUUGAAGUCAACCCCGGCCGCCACACCGGCACCACUGUCGCGCUCUCCGAACGUAGUAGUCAGUAACACACAACCGAGAUCAUUUGGGGACCUGCCGGAAUGUACACCAGCUAUCCAAGAAUCUCCAAAGUCACUAAUGGAAACUGCGCCAGUUAAUACACCAGUGACUUCUUCAUUUAAUUCUCCACAAGCUCAAGGACCGGCAACAGGGCUUCCGUUCCCGAGCCAACAACAAGGAAACCUGUCCCGUCCUCCCAUACACCAGGGACCGCCACAACUGCAGCAACACCGCCCGCAGCAGCAGUUUCACCAGCCUCUGCAGCAAAACUAUCAAUCGCCUCAGCAGCAAAACUAUCAAUCACCUCCACAGCAAAACUACCAAUCACCUCAACAAAACCAACCUCAUUAUAAUCAACAGAAAUACCAAGGUCCCCAACACAAUCAGGGACCACUUAACCAACAACACAAUCUGCAAUCUGUUAAUCAGCAACACAAUGACUUAAACCCCAACAACCAGCAACAUAAUCAGUUAGCUCCUAACCAGCAACACAAUCAACAGUUUCAACAACACGGUCAGCCUCAGCAUCAGCAACAAUACAGGCCGCAACAACAGUAUCAACAGCAACAUAAUUUUAACGACAAUAGAAACAAGUCGACUGAACAUUAUAAUCCACGCCAAUGGAAUCCUCGCCCUAAUAACCCGAUGGAUAACAGAAAUUCGGCUACCAGGGGACCUGCACCUGAUAACGUUGGAUCCAAUGCACCAUACAACCAGGUCCAUAGAAAUAAUUUUAUGAAUGGCAGGGGACAAGAUAAUUACAACUUACGGCAACAAAAUCCUAUUACAAUGAACCAACAGUUUGGAAUGUACGACAAUAAUCAACAUAAUUUCAGAGGUCGGGGCCGCGGUUUCUCAGCACCUAUGAGAGGUCGUGGAAGAGGCUACUAUUAA